AUGUCUGUAUCGAAGAUGGAAUACCGCUUCCUCGGACGCACGGGGUUGAAAGUAUCUGCAAUAUCUCUCGGCGGCUGGAUUACCCACGGAGGACAUGUUACCGAUGAUGAUGCUUUUGCUUCCAUAAAGGCUGCGCAUGAUGCUGGGGUGAAUUUCUUCGACACAGCCGAGAACUAUAAUGCAGGUAAGGCUGAAAUCGUCCUUGGUUCUGCGAUCAAGAAGUUUGGUUGGAAGCAGAAUGACCUCGUGGUCUCGACAAAGAUCUACUUCGGUCUUAAUAACUCUGCCGACCCCUCUAACCCUAUCAAUAAUGUCGGCCUCUCCCGCAAGCAUAUCAUCGAAGGCCUGAACCUCUCGCUCGAGCGCCUCGGUCUCCCCUAUGUCGAUAUCGUCUAUGCCCAUCGUCCUGACCGUAAUACCCCAAUCGAAGAAGUGGUCCGCGCCUUUAACCACCUAAUCAAUACCGACAAGGCCUUCUAUUGGGGCACUUCAGAAUGGAGCGCUUCUGAGAUCGCUGACGCCUGGCGUGCUGCUGACAGACUCAACCUCAUCGGUCCCGCCGUCGAACAGCCCCAAUACAACCUGCUCACCCGUACCAAAGUCGAGGACGACUUUCGCUGGCUGUACGGCAAGUUCGGCACCGGUCUCACCGUUUUUUCGCCCUUGAAACAGGGCAUACUGACUGGGAAGUACAAUGGCGUCGAGACGCCGCCGCCGGGCAGCCGCUUGGCUGAGGCGACAGAUAAGUACACGAAGUCAUUCGCUGCGACAUUCGGCAACGAGACGUGGCAACGGGAGCUGAAGCAGGUUGAGGCACUGAAACCAAUUGCUGAGGAGAUUGGGGCAACGCUGUCGCAGCUAGCACUGGCCUGGGUGCUAAGCAAUCCGAAUGUAUCGUCGCUGAUUACAGGGGCAUCGAGGGUAGAGCAGGUGCAUCAGAAUAUUCAGGCGCUGGGCUUUGUAGAGAAGCUGACCGCGGAAGUUUUAGAGAAGAUUGAUAAAGCGCUGGGAAAUAAGCCUGUAGUUCCGCCAUUGAGAUUUUAG